UAGGUAAGCGUUGUUCGAGAUGGAAGUGUUCUCUCAGUUACUCUCUACGAAUCGGAGGAAGAUUUGCUUGUAUUGAAUUAGUGGUGUGAAAUGAAACUGCAAAGGAAGAAUACAUUAAGGCACCUGACCUUAUCAACAAUAAGUUAUCAAGAAAUAAUUCAAGUUGAAAUUGUUGCUAUUAAUAUUAUUGCUAUUAUUCAUUUACUUAUUUCUUUUUCUUUAUUUAUAUCUUUCUUUUCUUCUUUGAUUUGUUCACUUCAAGGUUGCAUUCAAACUAGUUCAAUCUGCCUGGUCCAUGAAAGCAGUAGAAAUAUUUAAUCAUGGUGUUUUCAUCACAUGAAUCCUGAACUAUAUUCGAGAUAUCUUACCAUCACCUCAUUCAAGAUUUUUCAAAUGUUUGAAGUCUGGUGAAACCACACCUGCAAACGAGAUUAAGCCGGAGACUUUGGCUCAAAUGACAGCGGCAACAGUCAACAGGCCCUGUGUCCGCUUGAAGAAUGGAGUUUUAUAUAACAUAAUUCUUGAAGUUUUGCUACGAGUCUCAAAAAGAAUGAUUGGUGGAUUAGUGUUACUGGUGCCACAGUCCUUCAAGAAGAUUACAUUUGGCAUCAAAGAAAAAUUUGUUAUUGGUCGAAUUACAUACCUCUCCGCCACAAAUUACCAUUUUUAUAUUCAGUGAAAUGGUUACGUUUAUAGUUGGUGAAUAGGCUACAUGUUAAGAAAUUGAGUGAUUGGAGGACUAGAAGAAACUCUAAGUAAAUUCAGCAAAUGUCCUACAACGUAUACAAUAAUUUACUUAGUAUUUAUCAUUAAAUAUUUAUGAACAUACGAGUAACAGGAUUAUUCCUCGAUGUAACUUGAAAAUCCGUUAAAAACUCAGUGAUUUUCUUUGAAUGCAAGGUGAAAUGA